ACUGACCAACAUGCAAAUUGUUUAUUAAGGUUUUAGCUAGCUAGCUAAAUAUCUUUGAUCUUCCUAGCAGCUCGUCACUCCCUCGAUCGUGUAUAAAUAUCACCAGCAUUCCACCCACGUUAUCUUCAAAUUAAUCUCUCUCCAAAGCAUCAUCAAUGGCUUCCAAACUUUUCUUUCCCAUCUCAGUUCCCUUUUUCGUUAUCCUUCCCUUCUUCUUUGCCUCUCUAUCUUAUGCUGCAGAGAGCAAUAAUAACUCAUCAAACACAACAGUCUCCCCAGGAACCAUUUGCAUGUUCACCCCAUACCCUUCUUACUGCAAAUCUCUGCUCCCUAACGGGACCUCAAACGUCUAUGGCUAUGGCCGAUUUUCGAUCCAGAAAUCACUGUCGCAGUCCAAUACAUUUUUGGACCUGCUGGAGAAAUAUCUUCAACGCGGGUCCUCUUUGUCCACAAACACAGUUAGCGCUCUUCAAGAUUGCCGGUUUCUAAUCGGACUAAACAUGGAUUUCUUGUCGAACUCCAUUGAGAAUGUCAAUAAAACCAGUUGGAUUCUUCCCGACUUGGAAGCAGACAGGCUCCAAACCUUUCUUAGUGCCAUUUUAACCAACCAGCAAACUUGUUUAGAUGGCCUAGAAGAAACGGAGUCAGCUUCAAGUGUGACAAAUGAGCUUUUGGGCCCAAUCUCCAAUAACUCUAAGCUGUACAGUGUUUCUCUAGCCCUCUUCACCAGGGGUUGGGUGCCACGCAACCUAAAAUGGAAGCCCACGAGGAAACAUGUUACAUUCAGAUCAAAUGGACGCUUACCCUUUAAAAUGUCUAGUCGGACUCGUGCUAUUUACGACUCUGUGAGGGGGAGGAAACUUCUCCAAUCGGUGGAUGAUCAGGUUACCGUGUUUGAUAUUGUGGUCGUCAGCCAAGAUGGAAUCGGAAAUUUCACCAACAUCACUGAUGCCAUUAAUGCAGCUCCAAGCAACAUCAAACCUGCUGAUGGGUAUUUCUUGAUCUAUGUCACGGCGGGUGUUUACGAAGAGAAUGUGUCCAUUCCUAAGAGCAAGAAGUACUUGCUAAUGGUUGGAGAUGGUAUCAAUCAGACGAUUGUCACAGGCAACAGAAGCGUUGCUGAUGGAUCGACAACCUUCAAUUCCGCAACAUUUGCUGUGGUUGCAACAGGUUUUGUAGCCGUGGACAUGACAUUUCGCAACACUGCUGGAGCAAUAAAGCACCAGGCAGUUGCAGUUCGGAAUGGAGCCGAUAUAUCUACAUUUUAUCGCUGCAGCUUUGAAGGGUACCAAGACACCUUAUACACACAUUCUCUCAGGCAAUUCUACCGAGAAUGCGAUAUCUAUGGUACAGUUGAUUUCAUCUUUGGAAAUGCUGCGGUUGUUCUGCAGAACUGCAACAUAUAUCCCCGUUUGCCAAUGAGUGGACAAUUCAAUGCUAUAACAGCACAAGGGCGAAUCGACCCUAAUCAAAACACGGGUACUUCCCUUCAUAAUUGCACGAUUAGAGCCGCCGACGACCUGGCCUCCAGUAAUACAACUACUCAGACAUACCUGGGAAGGCCAUGGAAGGAGUACUCGAAGACAGUUUUCAUGCAGAGUUCUAUGGAUAGUUUGAUAAAUCCUGCUGGUUGGCGUGCAUGGGAUGGAAGUUUUGCACUAAGCACCCUGUAUUAUGCUGAAUACAACAACACAGGACCUGGAUCGGACACUGCAGCCCGAGUGACAUGGCCUGGUUAUCAUGUGAUUAACAGCACCGCGGAUGCUGCCAAUUUCACUGCGUCUGAUAUGUUACUGGGGGAAACUGGUUGCCUCAGACAGGAGUGCCCUACACUAGCGGCUUAAUAUAGUCAGGAGCAACUUCUUGGAUACAUAUGUUUGGCGGCUUCUCCUUGUCAAAUUAAAGCCUGGCACUAAUUGUCUGUUUCAUUCAUUAAUUAAAGAUUGGAACACAACAGUUGAAUAAUUUAAUUUUGACUUAAAUUUGUACUCGUGUAAUUGUGAAUUUGUGAGGAGCUAUAUAGCCAGGCAAGAGGAUUACUUUGCACUCUACCAAUGUAGUUCUAGCUUUUCAUUCACUUAUGAACUGGUUUAUUUGUUUUUUUUUUUUAAUAAAAGCUAAACAAAAAUUGUAGAUAUAUAAUUUCGUAACAAUAUAAUAAGACACAGAUAUUUCCUUUUUAUGGACUCUA